AUGGCUGGCUUCCUUCUUGGCCCUAUUUUUCAGCCACCGUCGGGGCUCUUGAGUUCCCUCAACGUGAGCGCUGUUACUGCGAAUCUGUCUACCUCCUUGAUUCAGGCCAUUCAUCAGGGCCACAGCAUCUAUGGAGACUUCACUGCCAAUUCGUCCGCAAUCUCCAUCACGGCAUUGUCCACCCAGGAUGAUCAGAACUCUCCCUUUUUUGAUUUCCAUUUCUCAUCGUCUUUUUUGAACCAGUCGGCUGGUAGUACUGCAAACGUGACCAAUACCUCCUUGUACAGGAUCGGUAGCAUUUCCAAGCUCUUCACUGUGUAUACACUUUUGGUCAAUUACGGUUGGGAGCAUUGGGAUGACAGCAUUACGAAGUAUCUUCCUGAACUUCAAGGCGCUGCUAUUCUUGAUGAUGAUACUUCGGUUGCGCAUGUUGACUGGAGCAAGAUCACGAUCGGAGAUCUUGCCUCACAGCUAUCUGGUAUCGGCAGGGAUUAUUCUUAUGGAGACUUGGCCAAUAUGGAUGUCUCCUGGUCAGAAACUGGACUACCUUUACUGUCACCAGAAGAUGUUCCCCAAUGUGGUGGCAAUGCUAGCGUGCCACCAUGUGAUCGCGACGAAUACUUUCAGGGUCUACUUCGAAGAGCUCCAGUUUUCGCACCGCAAACGACACCUGUCUAUUCAAACACUGCCUACCGAAUGCUCGCAUACAUCUUGGAAGCAAUCAGUGGUACUCGAUUCGAUGAACUACUACAGUCUUCAGUCCUUCGACCUCUGAAUCUGACAACCACCACUUAUGCGAUUCCUAGGGGCGAAAGCUCGUGGGUAAUUCCAAACGGUGAGAGUGGGUGGUAUCAGGACACAGGUGACGAGACACCUACAGCAGGGAUGUACUCUUCAUCGUCUGAUUUGGCAAAGUUUGGCCGUGAUAUUCUGCUCAACAGGCAGCUUUCUCCGCUCGCCACUAGACGCUGGAUGAAGCCGAGCUCCCAUACCUCAAGUCUUUCUUUAUCCGUGGGAAGCCCCUGGGAGAUCCUGAGGACCAAGAGUCAGAUAUCCCACGGCCGCACUAUUGACCUAUACACUAAGUCUGGGAGUAUCGGUCAGUACAACUCGCUUCUGAUUAUCUCCCCGGACUACGGCGUUGCGCUUUCGAUAAUGGCAGCCGGUCCAAGCAGCGCGGCGGUUAUUGAAGUCGCUUCCGAAAUUGUCCUACAGUCUUUGAUCCCGACUCUGGAAAAUCAAACUCUCUACGAAGCAUGCAAGAGCUUGUGCGGAACUUAUGAGUCGUCCGAUCGGAGCAAAAACUCGAGUCUUACUGUGUCUGUGGACAGGAAUGGUCUCCAAGUGGAGCGAUGGAUCAAUCGCGGUGUCAACUUCCAGGCAGUUAUACAGGCUUAUGCUUCUCAGACCGGCAGCCCGCCCAUUAAAGUGUUCCUGCAGGCGACGAAUCUAGGAUAUUCGCCAAAUAGUCAAGGCAACGAUGUUAGGUCUCGUCGCGUGGCAUACCGAGCGAUUUUUGAGAAAGACACGAGUGAACCGACUGGCCAACACCGGGUUAUGGACCAAAGCUCAGGACUAUGGAGCUCUGUCGAUACUCCAAUGUACGGGGAAAUUGCUUUUGAUGAGUUUAUCAUUCAUUUGGAUCAUUCUGGGAUCGCUUUCGCGAUAGAGCCUCGAGUUAUGAGAGACACGCUGUACAAGGUUGAUGGCGGAGCAGGCAACUCUCCUCGUUUCAUUCAUAUUCAGACGCCAAAAUCCUAG